AGGGUGAUGAACUGAUGAUUCUUAAAAACUAAAAAAGAUUGAUUUUGUUUGUGAGAUUGACGUAAUCGUAUCUGAAUUAUCGUUAGAAAGAAUCAUGUUUGUGUCGUGUAUGGGAUUCAUUCUUCUUCUCCUAACUUUGGCAUGCCUGUUUUUUGUUUGGUUUUACUCGGAGAUACCGGAGGAGACGUUACAUUGCGGAACGAUAUUCAACAAAUCAUCGUUAUCUUGGGAGGAGAGGUGCAUGAAUCCGAGUUUCCAAGUGAUAUGUGAACACAACAAACCACUUAUCUACAUCAACUAUGGAAGAAGUUACUCCGACGCCAUUGUAGCUGCUGCUGAUUCAACGUUCCGUUACAUCAGCACUUCCGUCGCAGUUGAAGAUCCCAAUCGCUGCUCUCUCAUCCAUUUUCGUUCCCUACACUACGAAAACCUCACUUUGCUCCCAACAUUUCGUUAUUCCUAUCAUGGAAAUUUGAUAGUUGUGAUAUGCGAAAAAGAAGCAAAUGUUGAUGGCUACUGGGACAUCUCGGCGCACUGUAGCCCUGGAAUUGGAUUCAAUGCUUAUGUUUUGCUUGAUCACCCACCUGCCGCAUAUCUUGCAGAGUCUUGCACCCUAGUGAUGAAGGUAGUGGUGAUGAAGGCGUGGAGAAGCAAAAGAUGCAGUAGAAACUGUUCGUAUCCUCAGAUUCACAGAGUUUGUAAACGGGAUUCAACUUCGGUGGCGACCCAUUCGCUGUGAUGACUGGGAACGGGACCCGCAAUUCAUAAACACCCCAUACGUGCAUUAUACAGUUUCCUUCAUUGCAGCAAUUGUGGCUUUUUUUGUUACUGCAAAAUUUGUGCUUGGGUCACCUUUGGUAGUCGGCUUCUUGAUAUAUAAAUGGAGAAGAAGGCAUUUGUCUGGAGAUGAGAUGGUUGAAGAUUUUCUUGAGAGUCACAAUAAUUUCAUGCCCAUCAGGUAUUCAUACUAUGAAAUCAAGAGGAUGACCAAACAUUUCAAACACAAGUUAGGUGAAGGAGGCUACGGUGCUGUCUAUAAAGGGGAACUUCGGAGCAAAAUUUUGGUAGCUGUUAAGGUAUUGAACAAAUCCCAAUCCAAUAAUGGACAGGAUUUCAUCAAUGAAGUUGCAACCAUUGGAAGAAUUCGUCAUGUCAAUGUGGUCCACUUAAUUGGAUUUUGUGCUGAGAAAAAAGCAAGCUCUUGUCUGAGUUCAUGCCUAAUGGAUCUCUUGAUAAACACACAUUUUCACCCGAGCAAGCAAACUCAUCAUUAAGCUAUGGGAAAAUCUAUGACAUUUCUCUUGGAAUUGCUCGCGGCAUUAAGUAUCUACACCAAGUUUGUGACAUGCAAAUCAUACACUUUGAUAUAAAACCUCAUAACAUUCUUCUUGAUGAGAAUUUCAACCCCAAGAUAUCCGACUUUGGAUUGGCGAAGUUGUACCGAAUAGAUGAAAGUACUUUGUCUCUAACAGCGGCAAGAGGAACAAUGGGAUACAUGGCUCCUGAGUUGUUGUACAAAAACAUUGGAAGCAUCUCACACAAAGCUGAUGUUUAUAGUUUUGGAAUGCUGUUGAUGGAAAUGGCAGGAAGAAGAAAGAAUGUAAAUUUUGUGGAGAAUUCUUGGCAAAACUACUUUGCUAAAUGGGUUUAUGACCAAUUUGAGGAAACAAUAGAUAUAAGCAAUGCAACGGAUGAAGAAAAGAGUAUGGCAAAGAAAAUGAUAGUGAUAGCCUCAACAUGCAUACAAAUGAAGCCUGAUGAUCGUCCCUCAAUGAACGAAGUGAUAGAGAUGCUUGAAGGAGAUGAAGUGCCCCAAGAUGUUCUUCUUCCACCUGAUCCUGAGCCUCCCCGAAUUUGGCAAAGGAUGUCAGCAGAUGAAAAUGGAUUUGAUGACAACAAACACUCAUCAUGAGCCACAUGUGGAAGUUCAUUUAGCAUAUGCAAUUGAUAACAACCAUCAUGUGUUAUAAGUGUAGACUUGCAUACAUUUGUAUUUAAUUUUUCUAUGGAUCUUUUACUUUACAAGUUAUCACUUGUUUUCUGUCUCACCAAAUUUGCUUGUUAACUAUUUUAGAAGCUGCACCAUGGACGAGCUUAAAGCUUCUUUAUAUCUGGCCCUCUCAAAAUGCAAUCUAUUUCUCAUAGUCAAAAUCCACCUUUAGAUCAUCUAGCUGUGAAGAGAAUUCGAAUGUCAGACAACGAAGCCUUCUGAGGCAUUAUCAUGUUCAUGUUUUGAUCACCCUCCCAUAUCUAUGCACAAGGUACUAAGAAGUUUUUCGGAGUCUUUUGACUCUUGAUAUAUAAUUAUUAGUAACACAAAUUUUACUGGUGAAGUUCUUAAAAGUUGGGCUCU